AUGGGAACUGGAUGUUAUAAAAAGUAUGCGCAUAGGUCUCUAAUUACGUUUUGCUAUACCAUAUUUACAGAUGGGGCCGAUGUGGAGGCGGAAGUGUCAAGUAACAGAAUUCUAGAUGGGCAGUUUGCAUCUCAAGGACAAUUUCCCUACGCGGUCUCCAUACAACUGUUGGGAGGGCAAAAUCAAACGCACGAUAUAAGAGGACAUAAGUGCGGUGGUGUACUCAUCACGCUCGAAUACGUGGUGACCGUAGCUAGUUGUCUGUUUGUAGAAGUAAAUAAUGUCCUGGAACCUCUAAGUGGGUCUGAAUUAAGAGUGUUUGCCGGUUCUGUACUCCUUACAAAUGAUACAUCCGCUGAUCACGUUAGAGCUGUGUCAAACAUCACUAUCCACCCACAAUACACUGGCGCACCGGCUUUUGUCAACGACAUAAGUGUUCUUCGUCUGUCAAGCCCGUUUCUUGCAACUGUUGUGUCUCCCGCAACUUUACCAAGUUCGAACCAAAACCUUCCCGACUUCACUACUUGUACUGUUGCUGGUUGGGGUGGAAAUGAUAUGAAUUCAAUGGGUAGUGUGCAAUUGAGAUUUGCAAAUAAGUACAUUUACAACCAAAAUUUGUGUAUGACUAUAUAUAAUCCGAUAGCCAUGCAGAGAAAUAUUUUGCCAUCAAUGGUAUGUGCUGUGUCUUGGGAUCUUCUAUCUUCAAAUUGUUUGGGUGAUGAAGGCAAUGCGUUGGUUUGCGCAGGGACUCUAACUGGUGUACUAUCCCAAUCAGAUGAUUGUAGCAGAUCUUCAUUCCCCGAAGUUUAUACCAGAAUAUCCAACCACACAAACUGGUUAAGGAGUGUGUCUGGAUCCUCUACGAUAUACGGUCCAGGCUUUUUUGUUACAAUUGCGUUGUUCUCUUUCAUACAAAUUUUCUUUACUACUUCCAUAUUAAGAAUAUGGUUUGUUGUUGGCUUCUCCAACAAAAGAAUUGAGAUCACUAUAUCAGCACCUUGGGACCCCGACGUUCAUCGAUUCUCUGAGCUAUGUGCCCCGCCAAUUGCCAGUUCAACUUUGCGACUCGCUGAGCUACGACGGCUCACUUGGGGGUCUACCUCGUGGGGGUCUACCUCGCGGGGGUCUACCUCGCGGGGGUUCUACCUCGCGGGGGUCUACCUCGCGGGGGUCUACCUCGCGGGGGUCUACCGCGCGGGGGUCUACCUCGUGGGGGUCUACCUCGUGGGGGUCUACCUCGUGGGGGUCUACCUCGUUAGGGUCUACCUCGUGGGGGUCUACCUCGUGGGGGUCUUCCUCGUAGGGGUCUACCUACUGAGGGUCUACCUCGUGGGGGUCUACCUCGUGGGGGUCUUCCUCGUGGGGGUCUACCUCGUGGGGGUCUUCCUCGUGGGGGUCUACCUCCUGGGGGUCUACCAGCGCUGUGUUUACCAGUGCGAAGACGCCAUUCCAGCACCUUGGGUUCCAAACGUCCAAUAA